AUGCCUUUUCUACGCCGCCGCGGCAACAUGGCCAGUGAGACCGACAUGCGCCGCCUAACCACUGCCUUUGCGCCGGCCUCUGAAGACGUCCCCGAACUGCCGCUCCCCAAGCCCGAAGACGAGGCUGCCAUGCCUCUCUCACGACCCCAGAGCCGAGAGUCUGUCUCGUCGCUUGACCGUCCGACCACGCCGCCCGUCCAGCAGCAGUCAAACAAGCACCGCCGCUUCUCCGUCCUCCGCUUUCGAAAUGCCUCCGACUCGCAGCUGUCUCUCCGCGUCAAGCAGGCGGCUGAGAAGCCUCCUCCUGUCCCUCGACCUCCUGCCAUCAUCACCACCGCUCCCACCAUGCCCAUGGAAACGAGUAACCUAAAGAAAUCGUCCUCCCGCCUGGGGCUGGCCGCAAUGCUUCGACGAUCUACCGACAUCCCUCGUGACGAUCCUCUGUCCAGCCAUCGCCGCGAACCCUUGCCUAGAAAAUCCAUGGGCGACCAGGGACGACCUUCACUAAGCGUCGCAGACGAACCCGAGCCUCAAUCGCCACGGCCCUCGACCCAGACGACAGUUGAUUCCACCGGCACUGGACUCAACAUCGCCCCUCGACCAUCCGACUUCAGUUCCACUCCCAAAAAGUCCGCUUCAUCUACUUCCUUCUUCAAGCUGCGCAGAAACAAGCGGCCGCCGGAGCCGCUAUUUCCCUUUGCACACCUUCAGCAAAAGAGCACUCCAGCAGACGGAUCCUCGACCACAUCUCUGGGUGUCGAGGCUACACCACGCCCAGCCUCAGUCCAGAGCACCGGCUCUCACCAAGCCGAAAAUGACCACGGCCCUCACCUAAACCCGGCCAUUGCCCUGUUCAACGCCAACGGCGGCCCUCGCUCCGACCAGUCGUCUCCAAAUAGGACCACGCUGCGUGGGAGAUCGUCCACGUUGAGUUCCAUAGGUAGAGACUCCAACGAUGAACGCCUCGGCCCGCCCCCCAAUAUGCGGACGUCCACCUCUAUCGGCCGCAAGAGCUUCGGCGAUCUUCUGGGCCUGACCCGCCUUCGCCAGAACUCUGACCUCAGCCGGCAGGGCUCCUUUACACCCGCCACGCCGGGGUCCGUUGCGUCCAAGAGCAACUCGCUCCAGCUGCCAAGGGAUUCCAUCGUUCUCCCGGAGCGCUUCGAGGACGAAUCCCCCGCCAAGUAUAUUGCUCGCAUAGAAGGCAUGGUCAGCCGUGGUGUCGUGGCAGCCGCACUAUCCAAAGGGACUGAUGCCUUUUCAACCGCCGCUCUGAGAAGCUUCAUGAGGACUUUUAGCUUUUUCGGAGAUCCGAUGGACAUGGCCAUCCGUAAGCUCCUAAUGGAGGCUGAGCUUCCAAAGGAAACGCAGCAGAUAGACAGAUGUCUGCAGGCGUUUGCCAACCGCUACCACGAAUGCAACCCUGGCAUUUACUCCUCGCCCGACCAGGCAUACUUCAUUGCCUUCUCUCUCCUCAUCCUCCACACUGACGUUUUCAAUAAGAACAACAAACACAAGAUGCAAAAGACUGAUUACCUCAAGAAUACCCGUGGAGAGGGUAUUUUUGAUGAGAUUCUCGAAUGUUUCUAUGACAACAUUUGCUAUACCCCCUUUAUCCACGUCGAAGAUGAUCUUGACCUUAACAGCGAGCGCCACAGCAGCAUCAAGACAAAGCGGAAGAUCCUCCCGGCCCCUCCCGGCGACCCUGCCAAGCGGGCGGCGAAGGAGCCCCUUGAUCCUUACACUCUUAUAAUUGACGGGAACCUGGACGUCUUGAGACCGAACCUCAAGUCUACUAUUCCCCUGGAAGACCAGUAUCAGUACUUGGGCACGGGACAGUCUCUCAAUCUGAAGGACCUGCAAAAGACUUUCUUUAGAACCGGCGUCUUACAAAUCGUCUCCGCAAGGUCUCGUCCAGACGCAUUCAUGUCUGACAAUCCCCUGAACAACCCAGACGACGCACCGGGCAUUGUCGACAUUAAAAUCACAAAGGUCGGACUCCUGUGGAGGAAAGAAGCGAAAAAGAGGAAGACACGAUCUCCGUGGCAGGAGUGGGGAGCUAUCCUGACAGGCGCUCAGCUCUACUUCUUCCGCAACACUGGCUGGGUCAAGAAUCUCAUGCACCAAUACGAGAGCCAUAUCAAGGCCGGGCACGACGGGAUACCCAUCACCUUCAAGCCACCCCUGGAAGAAUUCAAGCCAGAUGCUCUCAUGUCUACUAAGGGCGCCGUAGCUCUGCUGGAUACGUCCUACAAAAAACACAAGAAUGCCUUCAUCUACGUCCGACAAGGUGGCUUGGACGAGGUUCUUUUGGCUGACGACGAAAACGAGCUCAACGACUGGCUGGCCAAACUCAACUACGCUGCUGCCUUUGGGACAUCCGGCGUCAAGAUGCGUGGCGUUGCUGGAGGCACCUAUGAUGGCCACAGCCGCAGGGCCUUUAGGAGGCUUGACAGCUCUGAUGCCACGCAACUUGUUGAGACACCAACCGGCCUUGUGUCGAUUGCAAGGAGCCGUAUCGAUCACAAGAUGGCCGAGGAUAUCCAGUUGGCGAGACGCGAAUUUAUGCAGGAAAAGAUUGCUGAAGCGGAUCGCAAAAUAGAUGACUCCAAGAAGGCUCUGGAAGAGCAGUUGAGGAAUGCCCGCCACCUUCAGAUACUUGCACCUGUCCAGCCAAGGACGAGAGAACAACUUCUGUUGGCUGCGGCUCGCAUAUCUGCGCAGCUUAGGUGGGCGCGAAUGGAGAUUUGGAAGGAGAAAUGCCACCGUGAUAUCCUGGCUCUGGACUUGGAAGAGGAAGGGGAAGAUCCGGCGAGACCAACAUCUCCGCCGGCAACGCGACCAACGAGUGAAGUGCUGUCACAGCUUGAAGUGCAAGAAACGCCCAAGGUGGACAUUGGAAGCAUCAGACAUGGCUCGGUCUCAAGCAUUGUUCCCUCUCCCGUGCAACCAACGCAGAGCAGGCAGCAACAGCUCGAGCCACACGAUGAAGAUGAGGCGGCUUCGGUCAAGUCGAACCACACACACGACGAAGUGGACGCUGAGGAGCGACAUUUCUUGAAACAGGCUGGCCUGUUGGAAGGAAGAAUAGGCAGAGAUCCGUCAGACAAGUCCAUCACGUCCACGGCCGGAGAAGCCGGUGAACCUAUGACACCAGGAGACAAAUUCGAGAGAAGCAAGAUUCGGCGCAGUCUCCAACGUACACUCAGGGAGAGUGCUGGUCAUCUCUCCCAUCAUCGGAGCAGGAGGGGCAGGGAAACGGGUCCGGCUGCGUCAUCAGAGGACAAUGUCCGCGACAGUAUGCUGGCACGAGGAACUGGAAGCUUCGUUGUCCACGGAAAGAAGGCUUCCGUCAUCAACCUGGGGUCAGAGCUGCAGGUCCUGAACAACGAGGAGCAGAUUCUAGCCCGGAAGCUGCAGCAGCAGAGCUACCGGCAGUCAACCGACCUGCCGGCCUCCCCCGCCCUAAACGAGGAGCAAGACGACGACUUCUACUCCGUGCUUGAAGCUCCCUUGGAGCAGAGCGUGUCUCGUGACCGGAGAGGAUCCGCCGCGAGCGCCAGCACGGCCACGGCGAGAAGCUUUCGCGAGCUUCACCGAAAGUACUCGGCAGCGCGAAGCGUGUCCGCAGCAGGAAGGCUGGCUAUUCCUUCAGAUGCGGAAAGCGAAGUGGCGGUAAGCUUUUCUGACGGCCGCAGGUCGCCUCUGCCCCCCAUGGAAACAGAGGAAGACGAUCAUGAAAACGAGAAACUAGAGCACAAGCCGGAAACCCCGGCGCAGGAACAAGAACCAGCCAACGAAAAAGCCGAGGAGGCAGAGGCGUCGUCAACACACGACUCCGAAUCGCUGCCCAACCCUCCGCUUCAGGCAGUCAACGCAUGA